GGGCGAGGGGGGGGGAGGCUACUGCCCUUCCUCUCGGCUCCUCCCUCCUCCCUGCGUCCUCCGCCUCCUCCAUCCUCUCUUAGCCGCCGGGUGGGCGGCCACGCCAACUUCGCUGAAGGUCCCCAAGUUGCCGGGUACGCGUGUGGAGUGAGGCGGGAAGCGAAGCGAAGGGGCGCGGGACUCCCGGAGCCUUGGCUGCGGAUCAGGGGCCCGCCGCCGACCGCUAACGGGAUCGGAGUAGUGGGCAGAGCAAAUCGCUCGCCGGCUAGGACACCGCCCGCCUGGCGCCGCUUCCCGCGCAGAGAGGGGACCGGCCCGGCCGCGCCUCCCUCCGCGCACUCACCGGGGACGCAGAGUGGGCGCUGUUAAGAGCGCGGCCCCAGCUUGGGGCGGAUGCUGCCCGCGCUGGACGCUGGCCUCCGGAGAAUCUGAUCCGCCCGCCGGGAGGAGGAGGCUCGGCCGGGGCUAUGUGAAGAAAUGGCAUCAAGUGCUGUGAUGGCUAUUCCUGGUUGUUCAUUUGACGGCAUCUGGAAUUAACUAAGACCCAAGCGCACACCUGUGAGGGACCUACCAUAAUUAAAUCAUUUGAAGUGGGAAGACCCACUUUUAACCUGGACAUUUUGAGGAUGAGGGUAUCCCCACCUGAAGAGGACAAGUUGGGUGCCAAGCCAUGCCCCUGAGCUGAGGGCCAGCUGCCAGCCUGAGGAGCCUCAUGGCACCGCCUGUACCCAUGGAGAAAGGACUCACUUUGCCCCAGGACUUUGUGCACAGUCUGAAGAUCCGGGGCAAAUAUGCCUUGUUCCUGGCAUUUGUGCUCAUAGUUUUUGUCUUCAUUGAAAAGGAAAACAAAAUCAUAUCCAGGGUCUCUGACAAGCUGAAGCAGAUCCCUCAAUUUGUGGCGACGGAUGCCAACAGCACCGACCCAGCCCUGCUUUUAUCGGAAAACGCAUCUCUCUUGUCCCUGAGCGAGUUGGAUUCUGACUUCUCCCAGCUGCAGAGCCGCCUGCACAAUCUCAGCCUGCAGCUGGGCGUGGAGCCAGCGAUGGAGGCCCAGGGGCAGGAGACUGCCGCAGAGAAGCCAUCCCACCAGGCUGCAGCAGGGCACCGGCGCCACGUACUCCUCAUGGCCACCACCCGCACCGGCUCUUCAUUUGUGGGCGAGUUCUUCAACCAGCAGGGCAAUAUCUUCUACCUCUUCGAGCCACUGUGGCACAUCGAACGCACCGUGUCCUUCCAACCGGGAGGUGCCAGCGCUGCAGGCUCAGCGCUCGUCUACCGCGAUGUCCUCAAGCAGCUGUUGCUGUGCGACCUGUACGUGCUGGAGCCCUUCAUCAGUCCACCUCCUGAGGACCACUUGACUCAGUUCCUCUUCCGCCGGGGAUCCAGCCGCUCGCUCUGCGAGGAUCCAGUGUGCACACCCUUUGUCAAGAAGGUCUUUGAGAAAUACCACUGCAGGAACCGUCGCUGCGGGCCACUCAAUGUGACCUUGGCGGCAGAGGCUUGCCGCAGUAAGGACCACAUGGCCCUCAAGGCUGUGCGCAUCCGUCAGCUGGAGUUCCUACAGCCACUGGCAGAGGAUCCGAGGCUGGACCUUCGAGUCAUCCAGCUGGUGCGCGACCCCCGGGCCGUGCUGGCCUCACGCAUGGUGGCUUUCGCGGGCAAGUAUGAGAGCUGGAAGAAGUGGUUGACAGAGGGGCAGGACCGGCUAAGCGAGGAUGAAGUGCAGCGGUUGCGGGGCAACUGUGAGAGCAUCCGCCUAUCUGCCGAGCUGGGCUUGCGGCAGCCAGCCUGGCUGCGUGGGCGCUACAUGCUAGUGCGCUAUGAGGACGUGGCACGCAGGCCACUGCAAAAGGCCAGAGAGAUGUAUGGCUUCGCAGGCAUCCCCUUGACCCCACAGGUGGAGGACUGGAUCCAAAAGAACACCCAAGCGGCCCGUGACAGCAGCGACGUCUACUCGACUCAGAAGAACUCCUCCGAGCAGUUUGAGAAGUGGCGUUUUAGCAUGCCCUUCAAGCUGGCACAGGUGGUGCAGGCUGCCUGCGGUCCGGCCAUGCACCUCUUUGGCUACAAGUUGGCCAGAGAUGCCGCCUCGCUCACCAACCGCUCCAUCAGCCUGCUGGAGGAGCGGGGCACCUUCUGGGUCACGUAGUGAGGGAUGCCCGGGACCCUGGGAAUCCCUUCUCAUGAAAUGCUGGCCCUGCUUCCCUCACACCCAGCCUGGCAGUGAAACACAGCCCUGGCAGAGAGUCAGAAUGGGGAGCGGUGAUGGGGGUAUAGGCCCUGGCUGUAGCUGCAGGCCUCUGGCCAGCUAGUUUCCCCAGUUCAGCCGCAGCCAGGACUUCGGGGCUCCUCUGAGGACAGCAGUGCCCUGUGUCCUAGGUGGUACUGGUCAUUCCCACACACUUUAUGACCUGCAGUGUCCUAAGCAGACCCAGGCUGGUUCCUGUGUAUGGACACACCUCCCCAGCUCUGCCUCACACUGUCACAAAAACAUGCUGCACACAAAGGCCUGUAGGCUGUGUGGGCCAGAGUCCAAAUAUUUAACAACCAGAAGGGCGUAGGCCUGCUCCACUCACUCAGAUCUCCUACUAUAUUGAAUGUUAACCUUUUCCGCUCUGAGACAGAAAAGCCUAGGAUCUGCUGAGUCCUUAGAAGAAGGAGGGCAGCCUAGGGUGAGGAAGGGGGACAUUUGAAGCUCCUGAGGGGACAAUGGCUGUUUACCAACUGAUACAAAGGGGUUUGAUUAGUUGUUCUGGCUACUCGUGAAUAUCAGCCAAAGUGCAUGUAGAGAGAGCAAGGCUGGGAGUGUGGCUCAGUGGUAAAGUUCUUGCCUCUCAUGCACAAGGCCCUGGGUUUGAUCCCCAGCACUACAAAUAUAAGGAAAAAUCAAACAUACGUGUACUUUCAGCACAGAGACAAGAAAGCAUCAUAAACUCUUUCUCUCUCUCACACACGCACACACAAUCAUAUACACAUACACACACUGAUAUAGAAAAGCAUCCCCAUUCUUUUUGCUCGCAGUAUUUGGUUUGUUUUUUGUUUUCGUUUUUCCUGUAUCACAUGUUUAAACAGGAGCCUUAAGUUACAUUUUUAGGGUUAUGUGAAGAGGGGCCAUAUGCAGGGGCAGUGACACUUUUUGCCCUGACCAGAGCUGGGAGGGGAAUGCUGGUCUCUGAAUCACCGCUAAGCAUCUGGGGUUGCCAUGGCUACCUCCUCUGACCCAGCCACACGCCACAGCUGGAAGGCAGAAUAUUUUAGAGAUGGCAUGACCAACCUUCACAUGACUGCCGUCCAAAGGCUCCAUCCUGAUCAUUCCUCGGGAGCACGCCCAUUUUUGAAGACUGCCUGAGGCCUAACUUCAGGCCCAGUUUUGGUCCCUGAAAGCAAAAGACAGCUCAUAGGCCUACUAUUUCCAGUCAGCGCCUUCUAGAGCCAGCCAAAGUUCAGAGUGUUCUGUAGGAAGAAGCCACACCAGGACUCAGCUUCCCUGAUUCCCUGAGCAGCCGCCUGCUAGUUCCUUCCUAGCUGACAGAGGUCCGCCCUCGGGUUGCCAUGGUUACAGCUAGUGUCUAAAAGGAAUGCCUACUUUAGGGUUCUGGGAAAGAGGAAUGCUCAACUCAAGAUGAGUAGGUAUUUUAUUUGGGCUUUUUAAGUUAUUUAUGGCUUGGUGCUGUUUUUGUUUUAAGGCUGUUUGGGGUUUUGUUUCUGUAGGAGCAUUCCCCCGUGCUAAUCUGCAAAUCUAGGCUGAUCCUGGCAGGGAACGCUUGGUUCCUGGUAAAGAGUAGACCAGAAGGAGGUGACUCUGCUAGGAGUCACUCAGCGCCUCCUAGGGACCUACAUGCAUGUCUGUGUGAACUCCAUGUAGAAUGACUCUCGGAAGCUGCCAUUGGGCCCUAGGUCGGUAGCCCAGCUUCUAUAGUGUUUAUCUAUUGUGUACGUCACCCUGGUUUCAGUUCCAUGCACCACACCAGCUAGGUAUGUUGGCACAUGCCUGUAAUCCCAGCACUCAGGAAGUAGAGGUUGGCAGCCAAAAGUUCAAGGUGCAACUCUAUCUAUCAAUUUUGAGGUCAGACUCUGCAAGGAAAAAAAAUUAAGAUCCCAGCCUAGCAUCUCUGAGCGUCCAGAGCAGUCUGUACUCCUGCUCCAGAACAGGUUUUUUUGAAAAUCCCCAACAUGUGGCUGAGGGAAGGAGAUGGCGGGAGGCGGGUUCAGAGGCCUUUGACUGAGCAGCUAGGUUCCCCAAGGCAGAAGCUCUUCCCUCCCUGUGCAAGCUGAGGCACAGAACCCAGGCUAGCCUCGGAACUUCCGCAGUGGGGGGUUGGUUACCACACUGCUAUUUCUGGACAGCUGCUACAGCUGGCACCGUCCAAGCUAAGCUGGACUGAGCCGGUGUGAGUGAUACAGACACCGAACACGUAGUCACGUGGAAGCAGGCAUGGCUAGCACUGACGAGGGGAAGGGACGAUGGCAGCACACAGCACACUCCCCAUAUUGUAGGGUUUGUGACCUGCCUGCUCAGCUGCUGGGUCCCAAACCAGAACUCAGAGUCAGUCCAGCCAGUCUCUACUAUAGGUUUUGAUCAUCUGAGAGCGAGUGUGUAGAAGACAGGUGCCUGCCUGAGGUCACAGGGACAUUGGCUCUUGGUACUCGAUGGGGACAUGAUGUUGUGGGCAUGCUCAGGGGUGUAGAUACCCUCUCUCCAUGCCCCCAUGCAGAGCACAUUCCCUUCUCAGCACAUGGGGGGGUGGGAGGGGCCGAGGUGAGAGUUUCCUUCCCACUCCCUGCCCCAAGGGCCAAGGCAUCUGUGUCUCAGCUCCCUGAGGACAGAUACCCACAGUGGACCUUUGGGACUUCUCAGGACGUGGACAAUGCUGUGGGCACAGCAAGUUGACUUUAUUUAUUUUGUGGAAAGAAGAGACGGUAUUAUUUUCAGGGACUGAGAACUGUACGCUAAUCAAGAAGUACAAGUAAUAAUAAUAACAUUGAUAAUAGAAACAGUUCGCAUGCCACACACACAUUAGGACACCUGAGGACCACGCAGAAGGUGAGACAGGACCAGCUCAUGGAAGCCCAGGAUGAUAAAGAGGUUCUGUGGGUCUCUUAUUGUUCAGAAGUUCAAUAGGAGGGCCCUCUGCUGUAUUGCUUUGCUCAGCUGUGUGCAGCAACAGAACAACUCAGGCAGGUGGGUGAGUGGGUGGACAUAGCCUUGAAACAUCCCCUGAGGCUCAGCCAUCCAGGAAAAAUUCCCAGGUUUGGAGAGGGACAGUGUGGGGAAAAUAACUGGACAUCUCUUUGGGUGCUGUGCUAGGAUUAUGCUUAGGGACUCUUAGCAUAGGGCUAGGUGGAGAAAUGGCCUUGUUGGUGGGAUGAGACAACUGCUGAUCUAACCCCAAAGAUCAAAGGGCACCCAGGUGGUCUAUCGCAGUGAUUCUUAUCAUUACUGGUGUCUGGCCUAUGGUGGAAGAUGCACCCAUUGUCUCUCUAGCCAGAAGGGAGGGUAGGAGGGGUUAGGAGUAGCAGAUGGUUUGAUCCCAUACCCCCAAAUCCCUCAGUCCUCUUCCACACUAGAGCCCGCUUCAGUCAACCAGGGGGUUGGUCCUUGAGCAGUGCUGGACUCUGGAGGGCAGGCGCAUCCUCAAGGCAGUCCCACCACAAAAGUAGAGGGAUGGUUCUAAGAUGGGGGGCGGGGGGAGAAAGGGGUAGGGACCAGACUUCCAAGAAGCCACAUGGGUCCUCCCAACUUGUGCACGUGGGAAGAAGGGAACUUCACUAAAAUCAGGGCCUGGAGCUGGUGUAUUGCUUAUGAAGAUCCUGGCUCAGCGAGAUGCAAGGAGGCAGUGAGUUCCCGGAGCAUAGCUACAUUCCCUCCCAAGUCCAAACACUCUCUGAAACAGUGGAACCAUGCCUUACAACUCAAGAGUACAGGCAGAGCCUGUAACUUCCAGUGUCUUAAUGCCGGGAGGUGGUGCACGCCUUUAAUCCCAGCACUCGGGAGGCAGAGGCAGGCGGAUCUCUGUGAGUUCGAGACCAGCGCUGGUCUACAAGAGCUAGUUCCAAGACAGGUUCCAAAGCUACAGAGAAACCCUGUCUCGAAAAACAAAACAAAAGAAAAAGUCAAGAUCCUUUGACCUGUGUCCUUGUCACUGCAUAGGUACAGACUCCUUACAUAUUCCUGAAGAUAGAGAUACGGUGUUCCUUUACUGUGGCCUCACUGUGGGUCAGCUUCUGACCAGGCAAACAGAGCAUCCAUGUCACCUGCCUCCACUAUAUUUGGGCUUGAACUUUGCCUCCCGUGUGGUCUCCACCUCCCCUAGAUAUUCUAGUCCCUGGUUCUCACCACCACCCUCCACUUCUGGUGGGUCCUACGAAUGUUUCUUUUGUGCUGGUACCCGGGCCCAGUGCCCUGCCUCGUGGCUACAUGGUACGGGACACCUUCCCAGUCUGAACGAUCAUGGCAUGUGCAUGUGUGCUCAGGAGUACAUGUGUGUGUGUAGGGGGAUACAUUCUAUUCUGCCUCUAGUGCAGCCGCACACAACUCCAGCCUCUCUCUGUCACCGACCCGCAUGUUCUUAUGGUGGCUGCAGAUAAUCUUCCAAAACCCGGUUCUGUCGCUCUCGUCUGACAGCUGAUAACUGUUCAGAGUCGGCUUCAUGGACUAGAAUGUGAAACCUUUCUCCUGGUGGCUUGCCUGCCUGACUUAUUUAAUUAAAAAUGAACAAGCAGUAAAUUCUGUCACGAUCCUUUGUUUUCGUCCUCAGCAGUAAUUGAGCCAUAAAAACGAAGAGAAGAAACGCCAUUCGAGGCGGUGAGAAACAUGUGACUUACACUGUGACCCUUUCCCAACCACUCCCAAGCGCCAGAAGCCCACGAGGAGCGUGGAUGAACAUAGGUGUCAGGGCCUGAAGAAUGUUAUUUAUGAUCCCAGGAUGGCGGGUCUGGAGAGCCUGCUCGGAUGGAAUCAUGAUGUCUGAGACACUCAGAUAUUACAGGGCAGGGACAGGGGCAUUGACCCACUAUGAGAGGACCUGGUGACAAGGUCCGGCUUUGUCACAGUCUGGUCUUGGACAAGCCACUUACCUUAUCUGGGUUCACUUUCACUUAGGGGUGAAAUGUGUAACCGCCCACAAACAUUGUCACCCAAAGCCGUGUUAGGGAUUUGAAAGUCAGUUAAAGGGUGGCUCUUUUUGCAUGCCAAGAUACUGCUUGAGGCUUCAUUCUGCCUGCACUAAAACCGCAACAGCCCCGUGAGAAGAUGGCUAAGAACCCUUUCCGCUGAGCAGUGUCGUGGAGUCCCUUCAAGAUGCAGCUGUGCUCCUCUGCCAUCGUGGCCUUGGUGUGAACUAGAUUCCAGCCCUGCCUCAGUCAGUUUCCUGUUACUAGCACACACACACCUAAGGCCGUUGGCUUAUAAAGCAAAAAGGUUUGUUUGGGUUCAGGGUUGGGGACAUUUUAGUCCAUGGGCCAAACCAUUGUGUCAUGGCCAGAACAUGAAAAUAAAAGAAGAGGAAGGGGCGGGGACCCACUGUCCCCUUCAAGUUCGUUCUCAGAGACCUGAGGACCUCCCACGGGGCCCCACCACUUCUUCCCACCCCCACAUGCCAAGUAAUGACUGUAACUCCGGGCAUCUGAGAGCAUUCUGGAUGCAAAGGAUAGGAAGCCCUCUUGUCACCUAAGAUGCUUCAGGAUGAAACAGAUGUUGCCCCAGGGAGAAGGGAAGGUUCAUGUUGGGACACAGGGAGACCAUCUUGGGGUGGGGGCUGGGGUCUAGGAGCUAGGAGGCAGCUGUGCAGAGGUGAAAGAGCAGAACCCUGAGGGCAGAGGCUCCAGAAGUGGAGAUAUCACAGCAGUGAGGCACAGCACGGAUGGAUGGGAACUCCCUGCCUCCUAAAACUCAAUCUCCAGUCACACUAUUUUCCCCUGGUCCCAGUCUUAGCAAAUUAAAGCAUUUCCAUCCUAGCCUUCAAUGUUCCAGCCUGCGAGAUCACACCCAAAACGAAUGAUCCCUUUUCAAUACGGCCGGCACUGGCCCAUCUGCUCUGGGCUGGGCUUCCUGCCACAAAUGACCCAACAGAAAUAAAUUGGUUUAAUCACAGAGUAAAGAGGUCUGGACACCCACCCACCACCUUGAGCCACCAGCAUAGCAGGAAGCCUCUUUCUGCCUCCUACCUCACCCUCUCCUUUCUCUCACCCCAUUCAGGGCUCCUGAUUCUUCUUGCCCUACGUCCCAAGCCAUCAACACAGGACUUGGGUACCAUGAGGUCC